AAUCUAAAAGGAUAACUUAAUGUUUUUAUUUGCAUUAUUGAUGAGAUGGAACUUUUUAUGUUUAUUAGUCAUGAUUUCUUUGAUAAAUCGUCUGUCUUUCGUCUAUUCUGCUGGUGUGUGUCACUUUUAAUAACUCUCUAAGAGGAAUGUGAAUUAGUGAUUUUUGAACCUGUUAUAUAAUUUCCACUAGUCUGUUGUUUCUUUGGAUUAUGGUUAUCUUUUUUUAGGGUAUUUUGUUUUCUUUUGCUCUAAUAUUGCUGUGCUUGAAGCUACACGCUUCACUUCCAAGAAGUAGAGGAAUUUGUUCUAACUCAGCAAAGUUUAGAAUCUUAACUAGUGACCCAGCCCCUCUUCCAAUUUUAAACCCUUCCCUUCCACUCUUGAAAUCCUUUGAUUUGUAACUAACUCAAUCGAAUACUUAAUCGCUUCAGGCUUUGACAAGAUACUGCUGGAUAUUUUGGUGCAGAUAAUAUCUGUAUUUAUCUACAAAAUAUAAGCUGUUCUAGCAUCUGUGUGAAGGUUUCCCUAUAGGUAAGGAGAAAGGAUUAUCAGUUCUUUACAUUAAAAAAGAAAGAGAAGAAACUGACAGCUACUUACGGAUUUUGCUAAAUUAUAUAUUUUAUUAUUUGCAAACACUUGUCUUCAUACACUCAAGAAAAAGUGUGCAAUAAUUUGACUGCAAAGAAAACAUGCUAAUCAUAGUAUAGUACACAUGCUAUUUAAAAAAAAAAAAUCACUUUGGGCUUUAGUAUUGGAAAUCCACCCAGCCCAGUGUCCUGUUCCAUUUCUGUCCCUACUUUCCUCUGUUCUGUGUUUAUCUCUUCGGUAGGUAGUUUUGUAUUGCAUGAACGUUGAAAUGGAUGGUGUAAUAGUUCUCGCAAAGCACUGUUUUAUUUAUAUAUGUAACAUAUACUUGCAUGUUAUGUAUAUAAAAUCUUGUUUAAACUUCACAACCUAUUGAAAUAAUUGUUUUCCAAAAUAAAAGCUAAGCCCUGCUUUACUUCUUACAUUCAUUUAGUCCUUACCAUGGGUCAGACUUUGGAGUUUGUACAUUGUAUUAUACAAUACAGAUAAUUCUGCAAAGUUACAUUUGGGGACUUCUGAUUUGCUUCAUUUGUGAUGAUUGUCCUGAGUUUUUUCUUUUUUUUUGUCUUGAGUUUUUCUGUGGCAACUACCAGAAAUAGUGUCACUAAAUCCUUAUUCUCCUAGAUUUGAUAAUACAUCUAUGUUAACCUUGAAAGGAUUUCACUUAAGAUCAAAGACCCUGAUCCUUUCUCUUUUGCUUCUACUAUAGACUCUCCUAAGCAUGGCUUUUUAGUUAGUUGCUUUUUGUCUCAUGUAUCAUUUUUUAGAGUUGAUUUUUUUGAUUCCCUAAACUCUGUUCUUUUACUAGGUUUUUGUUUUUGUUUUUUUCAAUUGAAAAUUAACGCCAGUGAAAGUACAUUGAAAUAAGGUAGAAAGUUGAAAAAAAUAAAAUGCUUUGGUUUGUUCUUAUAUGUUUAAGUGGGAAUAUUUUGCUACACUCCAUGAUUAUGCUAAAAACAGAAGGAUCUUUACCUCAAAAUUAAAGGAGAAAGACCAUUUGUGGCUCACAUAGCGCUAUUAAUAGAUGGAUAAGCUUCGUAAAAGAUGCUGUGUUUUAUCUACUUAACUCAUUUUCACUAAACCAGUUUAUCAAAUAUAUGUUUUGUUUUUAAGUUUUGAUACUUGAGCAAAGCUCUUUAUGAGAACUCAGAUGAGUAGUGUCAUUUGCUUUUAAAAAGAACAGCACAACAAAUCAGAUACUUGUGGGUUCUGGUUUUAAUGAAUUUGAACACAAGGCACAGGUUCCCAGGUGUAUGUAAAUACAUGUCCAUUUAAAAAUUUCUUCUUGUCUCCGGCGUCGGCAGCGGUGUCGGCUGCGAGUGGGAAAUGGCGGAGUACUUGGCCUCCAUCUUCGGCACCGAGAAAGACAAAGUCAACUGUUCAUUUUAUUUCAAAAUUGGAGCAUGUCGUCAUGGAGACAGAUGUUCUCGGUUGCACAAUAAACCGACCUUCAGCCAGACCAUUGCCCUCUUGAACAUUUACCGUAACCCUCAAAACUCUUCGCAGUCUGCUGACGGUUUGCGCUGUGCUGUGAGCGAUGUAGAGAUGCAAGAACGUUAUGAUGAAUUCUUUGAGGAGGUUUUCACAGAAAUGGAGGAGAAGUAUGGGGAGGUGGAAGAGAUGAACGUCUGUGACAACCUCGGAGACCACCUCGUGGGGAACGUGUAUAUCAAGUUUCGCCGUGAAGAAGACGCGGAAAAGGCUGUGAUUGACUUGAACAACCGCUGGUUUAACGGCCAGCCGAUCCACGCCGAGCUCUCCCCAGUGACCGACUUCAGAGAAGCCUGCUGCCGCCAGUACGAGAUAGGAGAGUGCACGCGGGGCGGCUUCUGCAACUUCAUGCACCUGAAGCCCAUCUCCCGGGACCUGCGACGGGAGCUGUAUGGGCGCCCGCGCAAGAAGCAUAGAUCGAGGUCCCGCUCCCAGGAGCAUCGCUCUCGGUCCCAAGACCAUGGUUGCCGCGGUGGAGGUGGCAGAGGGCAGGAGCGUGACAGGAGGCAGUCGAAAAACCGGAAAAGGUCCGGGCGGUUCUGAGCCAUGCCAUUUCUACCGUAUGUCUGCUAGAGAGUGUUGUAGUUGAUUGACCAAACCAGUUCAUAAUGGGAAUUUAAAAAAAAAAAAACAAAAACAAAGAUGGGUUUCUGAAUAAAAUUUGUAGUGAUAAAAUU